CAUACAGCAGUAGAGAAUAAACGAUCGGCAAAGUAAAACCUCACGUCAUCCUCAGUCUAUAUAACAUCUAUAUACAUAAAACUAGGAAACUUAGCGAUACUACUACGAAUAAUAUCGAGUCUCGUGUCUUUUUAGACUAUCACAGACAUCGGACUUUACGGACUUACAGAGCAUACUAGUUAUUAAAGUUGACCCUUCUUAUCCGCGCUUCUGCAGAGUCACCAUCGUUGCCGCUACGUUUUGUUCGCUAUAUAUUAAAUUUUAUGUGCAUAACACACUAGACUCAAUAGACCAGAGUCAAAGAGUAUUAUCACCAAUUAUCAUCGUCAUCGUAUUCAAUCACAUUCUAUAUAUCACAUUACUUCAGUCUACAACUAUAUAAAUUUAAUAACAGUCAGUGGUGCAGUGCCGUGCAAUAUUAUCAAUUAUUUAUUUUAUGUUAUGUUAUGUUUUUAAUAUCAAACUCUAAUUACUAUUACUAACGUAAAUUAUAAUUAUUACUUUCUAUUCAGUGUCUUAUAAAUUUUAAUUUAAAUAAAUUUGGAGAAAAGUAAUAUUCAAUAUAUUUAAAAAAAAAAAAAAAACAAUCUCGUACCAUUUACGAUUAUGGAUUAUUUUUUUUGUCCCGGUUUAAUAAUUUAGUUGAAUAUUUUAAAUCGCAUGAUAUAUCAGUAUGACUUGGUUUGCUUGAUGACAGACAAUAGAAACCCAUUACAACGGUACUACCUAGAUCAGAGACUCCUAAGACUUCCCGGGCGUAAACCUUAAUAAUAAUAAUAGUUGUCAUUAUUGCUGGUAUUGUAUUUGAAAAAAGAAAAGAAAAGAAAAAAAAAAAACAAAUACUAACAACGAGAGUGUAAUAAAAAUUGAUGAUAAUACUGAGGAUGAUCUGAUUGCUCAUCAUGACUGUAGAUUUUGCUGAUUAUUUUUGGGGUGAAAAGAAUAAUGGAUUUGAUGUGUUGUAUCAUAAUAUGAAGCAUGGAGUGGUGGCGAGUAAAGAGCUUGCAGAUUUUCUUCGAGAGCGGUCGGCAAUUGAAGAGAAUAAUUAUAAAUUAUUGAGUAAAGUUGCUAAGCAAGCAAGUAAUAGUAGUAGUAUACAGGGCACAUUUGCACCAGUAUGGGCAGCAUUACGUGGAGCUGCAGAAAAGUUAGCCAGCCUGCAUUUACAGAUGGCACAGCGGGUAUCCGAGUUAAUAAAAGAUGUUUCUAAGUAUGCUGAUGAGCUACACAAAAGGCACAAGACUGUAAAAGAGGAAGAGUCAUCGACCCUCGAGGUCGUUCAGAAUAUACAGAGUAUCACGGUGACACUACAAAAAGCUAAGGACAUGUGUCAGCAAAAAGGGCUCGAGUUGGAGAAGUUGCGAAAGGAUAAUGCGAGCCAGCGUGAACUCGAAAAAUCCGAGGCUAAGUUUAAAAAAGCUCAAGAUGAUUAUAAAGUACUUGUAGAUAAAUAUACGGUUAUCAGAAAUGAUUUUGAAACUAAAAUGACUCAGGCAUGCCGGAGAUUUCAAGACGUUGAAGAAACACAUUUACGUCAAAUGAAAGAAUUUUUAAAUACAUAUGCCGAUGUUCUUCAAACAAAUCAUGAGCAAGUUGGUCAAGUUCAUAUUGACUUUAAACGACAGUGUCUGGAUAUGACAGUAGAUAAACUGUUGGAGCAGUUUGUUCAAUCUAAAUACACAGGAUUCGAAAGACCAGGGGUGAUCGAGUACGAUGAAGUGAUGACAAGUCUUGCAGAAAUGGCUAAUUCAACGCACCAAGUCGAGGGUGGAGGCAGUGGUGGUGGUAGUGUUAUCGGAAGUAUCGGGAGCGGUGGUGGUGGAACUGCUGAUCCUACAACAGCAACAGCUAUAAAGGAACCACCAAGUUCUAAAGGAACUAAUGGAGAAACAGGAGUUGCUGGUAACAAACAACAAUACAACACAACUAAGAAAAACCAAAGUCAGACGGCUAAGGUUGUGGUGGGUGGUGAUUAUCAUGGGGACAUUGCUAUAGAAUAUAAUCACGAAAAGGAUAUUAAAGAUAAUAAUAAAAAAUACAAGAUUAAAGAUAAGAAUACUGACAAAGACCCUACAACCAAAGGCUCACGUCGUACCACCUCGCUUCUCAACCUGUUUAUGUCCAACUCCCAGGAGAGGCAGAGGCAAGCAGGUUCCGGUUCGGCACCUGUCACUCCUCAAGGUGACAAUCCACCUUCCAGCAUCUCCAGGAACCCUCUCAGAGGAUCUAAAUGGUUUCUUCGUAGCAGACGUGAAAAACGAAAAGAAAAAAAAGCUAAGAAGAAAAAGGAUUCUGUGGAUACAAACAGUAACAAAGAAGAAAAGUCAGACCUGUCAGUAUUUAAAUUAUCAGCAGACCCAGUGCAACAAAUUAAAGAGGAAGAAAAAGAUGAAAGUAGAAAAUCAGAAACUCCGACACCUGAGGUAGACGAAGAUGGUUAUUGUAUUCGUCCUAAACCAGAUCCUUGGGAAAAUGAAAAAGGAUUUUAUUCAAGUUCUGAUACUGAAUCUGAUGACGAGAGAGAACGUAAAAUAAGGGUGGAAAUAAAACCAUUGAGUAAUGGUGGAGCACCAAUGAGUGCUAGUGUUGAUGAGUUACGUGCAACUGUUGAAAAUCUUUCAUUAUCACCAGCUCCAACGGGUCGAAGAGGAUCAAAUAAUGACUCAGAUCAUCAUAUGAAACGUUCCCAGUCAGUAUCACAGCAGUUAGGAGGCAAACCAAGUUCAGACUUACUCGGUCUAAAUCUUUUUAAUCCUAGUAGUACGCCGUCCAGUGCAUCAACACCUACGGCAAGUCAUCCUUACGCACCAUUGCAGAGUCCACCUCCGCUUUCGACAUCACCGGUUCCACAACCUGCGCCUCCGCAAUCAGCGCCUCCUAUUCAAUCUCACACACGUUUUCCAGAAGGAGAUUUAUUCUCCGAAGUAGGUGACAUAACGCCAGCAUUGCCACCCAAACAAUCAGCAUCAUCAACACCAACGGGUUCGAUAAUAAUCCCACGGCCUCCAUCACGUCGCAGUGAAGGCGGGCCACGUGGGAGAAUGUCUCCAGCAACGAUAUCACGAGCUGAUAGCGUUGCAAGUCUUGAAUUUCGUACUGCUGGAGUUGGCGUUGGUUCAUCACGCGGUCCUUCUCCACUGACAAUUGGUCUUGCUGAUACAAUACCACUUGCUGUAGCUUUUCAUGAAAUUGUUCAUUCGUAUUUCCGUGGUACCGAUGAGACACGCUGUCAGGUCAAACUAAACGGUGAUAUGAUGCUUUCAUUUCCUGCUGGUAUUGUCGCUGUACUUGCUAAUAAUCCAAGUCCAGCAAAAUUAACAUUUAGAAUGAGAAAUACUAAUAGACUAGAAAGACUUGUUCCUAAUUCUCAACUUGUCAGCAUAGAUGCUACACAGACAACAUCAGAAACAACAAUAUUUGACUUUAAUAUGAGUGCCUUAACAACAUUAUUACGUCGUCAAGCCGAACAAAACCCAACAGCAUCAUAUUUUAAUGUUGAUAUACUUAAAUAUCAAAUUAAGGCUAAAGAAGGCGCGGCAUCAUGUCCAUUUCAGCUCGUUGCCUAUUGGAAAUGUGAACCAACUCACACUGAUUUAAAGAUUGACUAUAAAUACAAUAGCCGUGCAAUGGCAUCACCAAGUCCACUAUUAAAUCUUCAUGUAGCAGCACCAAUUGACGGAGGGUUCAAGAGUAUGCACAGUAAACCCUCAGCUCAAUGGUUACCAGACACAAAUCGUUUACUGUGGAAAUUCACAGAGCUCUCACAGCACAGCGAAGCCAAUGGUGUAGGAUCAUUAAAAGCACGAGUUGAAAUUGAUCGUGGUCCUGGCACUCAGGGAACUAUAUUCACCCAAUUUAAUUGCGAAGGUACAACUCUGUCUGGAGUUGAAUUUGAAUUAGUUGGCCCAGGAUAUAGAUUGAGUUUGGUUAAGCGUCGAUUUGUUUCGGGUAAAUAUAUAUGUGAUGGUGAUACAGAUCCACGAACACGAUACGCUGCGCCUCCUUCAAGCAGUAAUUGACCCUCGCCUCAAUGGUCACCACAAUGGGAUCAUUCAACAACAUAAUAAUAAUAUUUAUUAUUAUUUUAAUAUUUGCCUGUUUAUUCACUGCCGGUUAAUCAAAAUUUUUUAUUAAUCGUGGUUAUUUUUUUUCGGUGAUUAAUUAAUAAACAAAACAAAUAAAGAGAUUACGGCCAUUGGAUACCAAAGAGAAUGAAUUUGUUUAGGAUCUGUAUGGUCUCAUAGUCGCGGACCCGGUUUAAAAUAAUCUAAGGGCAUUUUUAUGAUAAAAAAUCAGGAUCAAAAAUAAUUAUUGAUUUAUUAAUAUUGAUAAGCUAUUAAGAUUAAAUAUUUAACACCAAAGGCUAAAGCCAUAAGUGCUAAUAAAAUGAGCCGAUUAUUAAUAUUAAUAAUAUAUAUUAUGUAAAUAUCUUUAUUACAUUGAAGACUAUUUGUUGGUUACGUAAAUGUUGCGGAUUCUAUUCUAUUAAAUAAAUUUUUUUUCCUUUUUUUUUAUAUAUAUUAAAUUAAAUAAAUUAAAUGAUGACACGAAUUCAAGUGAAUUUUCAAUGAUGCAGAAGGAUAAUUGAUAUAAAUUUAAUUGUUAAUUUGUUAACGAGUAGUAUUUUAAUGUUUUCAAUUGAUAAAUUUAAUAUUUUUUGAAUUAAUAUAAUUUUUAUACCUCUAAAUUAUUGGUGAUUUUUUUAUAAAAAAAAAAAAUUGAUGUUUUUGAAUAAUGUUUAAAAUUUUAUGUCGAUAUUUAAUAUCUGUCUUAAAUAUUUGUGGAUUAAUAACAUAUCUACGUGAUUAUAAAGUCUUCGAAGUAUAUGAUAACGUUUAUUAUUAAUUUAAAAAAAAAAAAAUAGUAUUUGUCGUAUUUGAUAUUUUUUUUAUUUAAAAUAAAAAAUGAAUACUCUUGACUUGGUCAUAAUUGAUUAAUUAAUUAAAAUGUUAUUUUAAUUUUUAAAUAAUUGUCAUAAAAUUAUCUUUUGUCUUUUUGUUUUAAAAUUUGACUGAGAGCACUUCUGUGAUACUCGAAGAUCAUAAUUAAAAAUAAAUUAUUAAUAAAAUUAAUAAUUUUUUCCAUUUAAUACAGUAUUUCUGUGAUUAGUGAUUACAAUUAUUUUUAAAAUUAUAUUCAAAAAUUGAUGAUAAUUAAAGUUUUGUCCAACAUAAAUGUUUGUCUUUUAAAAAUUAAAUGAAUUAAAAACUAUUAACAUGUUCGAUUGUUAUUUAAAAAUGCAAAAUUGAAUUGAUAAUUAAAUUUUUUAAAUUUAAUACAGAAUCUGCAUUAUAAAUAAAUUAAUUGCAUGUAAAUAAAUUAAAUAUAAACCGUGUACAUUGUAAAAAAAAAAGAAAAUAAUUAAAUACACAGUACGUUCGCAUAAUGGUUAGUAAUUAAAAUAAAGUAAUAAUUUAAUGCAAAAGAUUAUGAUGAUAAAAAUAAAUGAACGCAAUAAACACAUGUUACAAUAGAAACAAAAUUGCAAAACAAUAACAGUUUGUAAUGAUUUGUGUUAAUAAAGAUCUUUAUCUAGGAUAUUUUAUAUAAA